ACCAUCGAGCCAGAGAAGCAGCGAAGGCUUGCAAAACUUUAGCCGUAACGAGGUCCUUAGUGCUGGUGUGUAGUGCUAGUUUGCAUUUUGCACCGUACAGGAUCUACUGCGCUCGGGUAGGGCCAAGUUCGCAAUGGCUUCAAGGAUAAUCUUCAGCAUCUUCUUGGGGAUUGCCUUUACAUAUGUCGUCCAAGCGCAGUUUUUUAUUCCGGGAACUUGCCCAGAGUUUCCAACAGCAGCAGAAUGUCCACCAGAACCAGAUAAUGAAUGUAAAAAUGAUGCCAAUUGUGAUAAUUUGCAUCCUAAAUUAGGGUUAAAAUGUUGUAAAGAUGGCUGCGACUUGCGUUGUGUCCCUCCCAUUGCUCCUCCAACUCCUCCUCCCCAAAGGGUAGGACCCCCUGGAGAUCCAGGUCCAAGGGGAGACAAGGGUGCACAAGGUAGCCAAGGAAGAACUGGAGCAAGAGGUGUUCGUGGAGAACAAGGUAAACCUGGUAACCCUGGCCCAAAAGGAAAGGAAGGUCCUACUGGUCCCGUUGGUCCGCAGGGUCCUCCUGGUCCAAUCAUUGAUAUCACCAACACAAGCGAUCCAGCAUUCCUUGGCGAAUACAUCAGAUCUCAAGACUCCAAAGGGCCUGGUAUUGGUUUAAUCGCAGAAAUUCGUGGAGACCAAGGAGAAAAUGGUUUGCCAGGACCUGCUGGGCGAACUGGACCACGUGGUCCCGACGGUGAAAGAGGAGAGCCUGGAGAGGCUGGACCACCAGGAAUUAAAGGAACACAGGGACUUUCAGGACCAUCGGGACCUCCUGGUCAAUCUGGUAAAGACGGUAACGACGGAACACCUGGUGCCCCUGGUGUACCCGGCGAACCAGGAAGUGAAGGACCUCCGGGCCCACGAGGACCUCAGGGACUUUCUGGAUUACCUGGUGUCAAAGGAGAUCGGGGUGAGCAAGGACUGCGAGGAGAGAAAGGAGAUCAAGGCAAGAUAGGAGAGAGAGGUCCUACAGGAGAACCUGGACGAGAUGGUCGCGAUGGUAAACCUGGAGAGACUGGUAUCCAAGGACGAACUGGAGAAGAGGGACCCAGAGGACCUUCUGGUCAGAAGGGACCACGAGGCCAGACUGGAUCUCAAGGUCCUGCCGGAGCAACUGGUCCAAAUGGAGUACAAGGAGACCAAGGACGACUUGGGUUAAAGGGAAGCAUUGGUGAGAGAGGACCACGGGGACCACGAGGUAUUCAGGGUCCAAAUGGCCCCACGGGAUCGCCUGGUUCCAAGGGUGACAGUGGUAGCCCUGGUCGCGCAGGAAGACCUGGUUUUGAUGGAGCAAAGGGAGAUCAGGGUCCAAUAGGAGCCAUGGGUAACCCAGGACCACCUGGAUUACAAGGACAAAGGGGAAACUCAGGCUCUCCUGGAUUAAAUGGACGCCCCGGAGACAGAGGAGCGCCAGGAAAACAAGGAAAUAGAGGCUUAUUGGGAGAGAAAGGGUCUCAAGGCAAUCUGGGGCCUACUGGGCCAACAGGACCAAGCGGUCCCACUGGAAAGAGAGGUAAGCAAGGAAGACCUGGAAACCCUGGAAAACCUGGCCCAUCAGGACCAAGGGGUGUUCAAGGUGUGAGUGGAUUCCCUGGUGCUGACGGAAGACCUGGACCAAAGGGAGAGCGUGGACCAGUUGGCAGACCUGGAGAGGGAGGACUGAAGGGCGAACGAGGAGCUGCUGGACGCUCAGGAAAUGCAGGACGGCCAGGUGAAAGGGGACCAGAGGGUGCACGUGGAAGCCCUGGCAAACCUGGAAACGUUGGAGUCACAGGUAUCCCUGGAGAAGACGGUCGACCUGGACCUCCAGGACCUCCUGGAACCCGUGGUAUGCAAGGAGCCCCAGGAUUCAACGGCCCGAAGGGCGCUCAGGGUUCACCUGGACGAGCUGGUGAACGUGGAACACAGGGAUCCCAAGGAGCUAAGGGAGAUACUGGAGCUCCUGGAGCAAGAGGUCUUCCUGGUAUUGCUGGUGCUGCUGGACGACCAGGAGAAAGAGGCGAGGCCGGUAUGCAAGGAACCCCUGGACCUCAGGGACCUGCUGGAGCUCAAGGUCGACCUGGAGAGGCUGGUAAAUUGGGACCACCUGGCCCAGCUGGAGAACCCGGUGCUGAUGGCAAACCUGGAGAACAAGGUGAACGAGGCCAACCCGGCCCACGGGGACCCGAGGGUGUCAAUGGAGCAGCUGGACAGGUUGGCCAGCCAGGAUUACCAGGAUCUGAUGGAGCACCGGGAGAGAAAGGACCUGCUGGCAACCCUGGAAGUCCUGGAGCACCUGGUGGCCUGGGAUUACCUGGUAUGUCAGGGGCUCCUGGUUUCGCUGGAUCCAAAGGAGAGAAUGGUGAACCUGGCCCCAUUGGUCCCACUGGUCGCGAUGGCAAAGAUGGAGAACCCGGUAACGAUGGAGCACGCGGAAACCCUGGACGAGCUGGUCAACAGGGACCCAAGGGUAAUGGUGGUACACCCGGAACACCUGGACGACCUGGCAAGCGUGGAGAGGACGGUCAACGUGGAGACGUAGGAUCACCCGGUAUUCCUGGUAUCCCAGGACAACCUGGACAAGCAGGACCUCAAGGACCAGCAGGAUUGAAAGGACCCGGCGGUGAGAAGGGAUCUAAGGGUGAUAUGGGAGACUCUGGUCCAAAGGGAGCACUUGGAGGACGAGGUAUGUCUGGAAACCGUGGAGACAAGGGAAGCAGAGGAAGACCUGGAUCCCUCGGUCCAAGAGGAAGCACAGGUGCACAAGGACGACCAGGAGUUCAAGGACCACCCGGUCCUCCUGGAGUAGCUGGCAACGCUGGAAGACCUGGUAUUCCUGGAAUCAAGGGAGCUCGAGGUCCAGCUGGAAAUCCUGGAAUGCCUGGAGCACCUGGUGCGAACGGACGACCUGGACAGGAUGGUGAAAAUGGCCAGCCUGGUGAAGAUGGCAGACCUGGAGCACCAGGAUCACGUGGGCCUAAGGGACCAAAGGGAGAUGCCGGUCUUGGGGGACUUACGGGAUUGCCCGGUCCACGUGGACCCGUUGGCGGCCCAGGAGAAAAGGGAAAUCCUGGUAGCCCAGGAAGUGACGGUACGAACGGAAACGCUGGACCAAUCGGCUUUCCUGGACCUCGCGGACCCCCUGGACAAUCUGGUGCACCGGGAAUUCCUGGGUCGGAUGGAAUGCCUGGAGAACCUGGCAAAAAUGGAGUGGCAGGAUCAAAAGGAGAAUCUGGCCCAAGAGGACGAACGGGAAUCAACGGACCACCAGGUAGCAUGGGAACAGCUGGCACCCCUGGACCAAAGGGAACAACUGGACUCGACGGAGAAGCAGGAGAUCCUGGUGCAGAAGGACACACAGGAAGACGCGGCCCAAUUGGAAACCAGGGACCUGUUGGAGCAAAUGGUGAAAGAGGUGAUCAAGGUAUUCCAGGGCAGAAGGGAGAUCAAGGUUAUACCGGCAAGCCUGGAAAGAUUGGUCAGACUGGUGGGGACGGGGCGAGAGGAGACACCGGAAAAAACGGUACUGAUGGUGCUCCAGGACCCAUGGGUGCGCCAGGACCUGCUGGAAGUGUUGGUCCUCAGGGAAAUCCAGGUGCAGAGGGUAAAAUUGGCCCUCAGGGUCCAUCCGGAGAAGUUGGUGAACGUGGAUCUACCGGUAACGAUGGACGUUUUGGACCUCCCGGACCUCCUGGACCACCCGGACCUCCUGGUGAGCCAGGCCGCGUCGUCAUGUCUUCGGUUUUUACGACUGGUUCAGCGGAUAAAGGACCUUUCCGGUUAUACAACAGCGAAAGAGAGCGGUCCGAAAACAGAGCUGAAGAUCAAAUCCCUGAUUUGCUCACAAGGCAGAUGAAGGUAUAUCUUCAUGCCAUGGAAAGGAUGAUUUUGAACUACAAGAAACAAGAUGGUACUAAAACGAGACCCGCAAAAUCUUGCCGUGACCUUAAGAUUGACAACCCUGACAAGAAAACUGGAUUCUAUUAUAUUGACCCCAAUGAGGGAUGUUCAUUUGAUUCUCAACUUGUCUGGUGUGACUUCCAAAAGAACGCCACUUGCGUCUUCCCCAAGAAAAGUCAGAUCCUAAAGAGCUCACUAUCUGCACAAAAUGAAGGAGAAGAGAAAUGGAUUGGUGAUGAUGUUCAGAUCGAAUACAAAUCUGAACCUACACAAAUAAAGUUCCUGCAAAUGUCAAGCAAAAAGGUUUGGCAGAACAUUACUUACCACUGCAAGAAUUCCAACGCCUGGGAAAGUUCCCAAUCAAUUAAGAUCUUGACUGAUAGCGAGGAGGAACUCCACGCCACAUCGAGUCUAUCCAAAACUAAAACUAAGAUCAUUAAAAAUGAAUGUCAGCUCAAGGACAACAAAUGGCACGCCACCGUGUUGGAGAUUGAAACCAAAAAGACAGCCAAACUUCCAAUCGUUGAUGUAUCUCCAUAUGACAUGGGACAGAAGAGCGAUUUCAAGAUAGAAUUAGGCCCUGUUUGUUUUGCAUAAACAUCUACACGUGUACAUGUUCGAGAUAAUUGCGAAUCUCUUACCCUCUGAGGUUCCAUAUACCUGUAUAUUGUUCGUAAUAUGCUACAUAUUUAGGAAUAAUUGAUUGGUUUUGUAGGUGCGCGGCUGACGUCACCCAGACACUUACCUUCUAGUUCUAUCUUAAUAAAGUAAUUUCAUUGUUUCUUGAUUUUGUUAUUUUUCCCCCCUGUGGAGUGUUAUUAAUAAACUGCUGCCUCUUGUA